CUGGAACUCCUGUUCGUUACUAGUAUUUAGACAACUGUCGCUGUCCCUUGGCAAAAGAGGGUUUCUGCCAUUCUUUUCUCUUUCUUUCUCUUCUAGACUGUAUAUACAAUGGCCUCCGCCUCCCCCAUCACGGCCCCCGUACGGGCUUGUCUCUUCGACAUGGAUGGCCUCCUAAUCGACUCCGAGGAUCUUUACUCGGCUGUCACUAACAAAAUUCUGCACGAGUACGGAAAGCCAUCGCUCCCAUGGUCAAUCAAGGCUCAGCUGCAGGGAAGGCCGGCGCCUGAGGCGACCAAAAUCUUCCAUGAGUGGGCUCAGCUCCCCAUCUCCCAUGAGGAGUACGCACAGAAACAAGUCGCUCUGCAGCGCGAAUACUUCCCUCGGUCUCAGCCACUCCCUGGUGUCAUGACAUUGCUUUCCAAGCUGGUCGCAACCCAGUCGACUGAUAAGCCCGUGUAUAUUGCGCUGGCAACCUCAUCUCACAAGGCAAACUUCAAGCUGAAGUCUGACCACUUGCCAGAGCUGUUCUCUGCAUUUCCCGAGUCUGAGCGUGUUCUGGGAGACGAUCCCCGGAUCGGAAAGGGGCGUGGUAAACCUCUGCCAGACAUCUAUCUGCUCGCACUGGAAACGAUCAACGCAAAUCUUCGGCAGAAGGGCGAGAAGGAGAUCUCGCCCAGCGAGUGUCUUGUCUUCGAAGAUGCCGUCCCCGGCGUUGAGGCCGGCCGUAGAGCAGGGAUGAGAGUGGUCUGGUGCCCUCAUCCGGGUCUUUUGGAAGCAUACACGGGCCGCGAGGAAGAAGUCCUGGCCGGCUUGACGGGUCAGCACAAAGAGGAAGAGAAGUCCGCGGCGGAGAAAGAGGCGGAGGCUCUUCAAGCCUGGAGAGUACAGGGCUCUGGAUCGCCUGGCCAGUUAAAUGAUGGGAUGGGAGAGCUUCUUACCACGCUCGAGAAUUUCCCGUAUGAGAAGUACGGCAUUUACGUGGCGUAAAUCAAGGACCAAGGUUUCAUCAAAUUUCUCUAGGAAACUGAACUUCCUGUGGCACAUAAACCAAACGAAGACAAGAUAUCCUUCAAGAAAGAAAACAGAAAGAAAAAUCUAGCGAGGCGCUGAGAAAUGAAAGCUUCAAGGGCGUAGGGGAGGUUUUGUCUUGAAGGGCUGAAGCAGUAAUGAUUAAGAAAUAAAUUAAACGCGUCAUUAUGCAUAACCUUGAAGUGUAAACUAGAGUAAAAUAACAUAAGGCAGUUGGAGGGGAUUCGGAAGCAAGAACCAUCGCCAGAAAGAAGAGAUAUCUAUCAGCAGUAAACACGCCA